UAUCUUAUCGGCAAGUACAUUCUGAAUUGCAAUCAUUCCGCAAUAUACCAAAGAUAAAGUUGCAGCGCGAUUAGUUUGUUCUCGGUAAAAAAUGCAAACCACCGAUAAUUACUGCACAGCGCCUAAUUUAUCAAUUUAUAAAGCUGAAAUAAUUAGCCGUCAAGCUAAUGUUUCCAUGAAACUGGAAAUAUAUCGUCACUGCGGGCUUGUGACAUGUUUUUCCGUAAUUCAUGAUAAUUUGCUGCUGAAUUGUUGGUUCUACGCGAUGGAGCACUGUUAGUAGGAAGCGGUAGCUGGCUCUUAUUCAGCAUUGAAUAUAUUAAGUAUGUGCGCGAAAUGUUAAAUUGCGUGUUCAUGAAGAGUUCACUCCAGUUUACUUCAGAAAUGUAUAUAUGCGUCCGCCAUUUUGCGGUGCUAUUAUUGAAUUAAUUUAUCUGGAAUAGUAAACCCAGAGGAUGCGCUGUCCUCUCACCGGUUAUGUGGGCUGUGCUCGUCAAAUAAUGCAGCACAGAUUCUUAACAGCACGUCCGACAUGGUCCAUGUCAAGCUCACUAUCAUCAGAAAUAUGCAAUAAAUUGUACGUUGUACUGGUUAAUCGGUGCGUGGGUACACAAACAGGUUUUUAAAAUAAUAUCCCGUUUACCGUUACCCUUAAAUCUUCGUAUUUAUAAAUUUGUGACGCGCACAUUUAUUUGCCUAGUUUUGUUAAUGGGGUGAUCAAACCAAAACUGAGUUUAUGCCUAUCGUAGAGGCAAUAUCGGGUACCAGGGGUAUGUCUACAGGGUACAGUGCUUUGGAUAAAUGGGCUCUUUAAUGCAGUCAGUCGAAAAGAAUGGAUUGUUGGAAGAUAUGCCUAAUAUUUUUGUUAACUGUCUCAGCCUAACUAAAAGCCUUAUAUAUUGCCAUAUUAAAGAAACGCCGUUGUCGUGUAAUUCCUCCUGUAGGUCUUCCUGUACCUGAAAUGAAAAGAAAAGCGUUGUAGUCACAGCUUUUGAUCUCUUGCAUAACUGACCUCCAUAUAAAAGACUAAGAAUGGUUGGAGAACAAAUUAUGUUUUAUAGACAUACUGUGCACACUUCUCAUGAUCAUCAGUAAUAAUAUUUCAUAAGAGUGACUUUAACCAAAAUAAGGUAUUAUCUCUCUUUGUCUCUGUGUGUGUGCGUGUGUGUGUCAAAUGUGGCUUUGAGCGUCUUGUCAUGAGUGCCAAAGUGGAUGUGGACGUCCUGCCAAAAGAUGCAGAUGCUUCUCCUGAAAGCAAUGGUACAUUCCCCUCCAAGGACAGUCUAUCUCAGCGGCCUCCACCUCAAAAUACCACUACAGUCAUUUUACCAGCUUCUGCUCAUCCAAUGCCAAAGGUGGAAGUGUCCCAAAAUGCUGCAAAGGAAGUGAAGGGUAGCGGCUCGGGUAACCUGGAGAACACCCCGCUGACCACUCAGGUGGGCGGCACCUGCAGCAUCGUCCACGUCCUGGAGUGGAAAGAAGGCGUGGCCAUCCUCCCAGGCAGCAACCUGAAGCUGUGCGUCGGGGACAGCGGGACACUCGAGGUGAUCAGCCAGGGGAAAGUGGGUGUCGCCAACCCGCUCACCGAGGGAGGUGGAGCCAAGCCAGCUGACAGCGAGCACAAAAAGGCAGCAAAACCCAGCCCAGAUCCCUCAGCAGGUGUCCCAGUGCUCGCCGCUGCCAGUGCGGUUGCCUUGGCGGAGGCUGAGCUGGCUAUGAAGGGCAGUCCAAAGACCCAGGAGAGCGCCGGCCAGCAGAAGAGCAGUGAGCAGAUGCCCAAGCGUGCCUACCCCGAGGAGCUUCACCGGGGCCCUGCGGCAGAGAACACAACAGGCAUUGAGAAAGUUCCAGAAGCCCAUGUGACCUCUCGCGACCCUGAAUUGCUGAAGCCAAUGAAGAAGAGAAGGAGGAGGGACUAUCUGAGCCCAUCUGAGGAAGACUCUGAAGCAGAGACCAUGAUACACCUAGAAAGGGAGGAGAAAUCUGAGCACUUGAAAACAGAAGGUCAGGGAAAAGCAGGCACCACAGAUCCCAAAGGGGAGUCGUGGUCAUGGUCGCGGUAUCUCCAAGAGCAGAAGGCACUGGCAGCCCCACCCAAACUCUUCCAGGAGUCCCAAAGGGUUCCGGAGUGUCAGAACCACUUCUGCCAGGGCAUGAAGUUGGAGGGCAUCGACCCUCAGCACCCCUCCAUGUACUUUGUGCUAACAGUAGCCGAGGUGUGUGGCUACAGGUUACGUCUUCAUUUCGAUGGCUACUCAGACUGCCAUGACUUUUGGGUCAAUGCCAACUGCCCUGAUAUUCACCCUGCUGGGUGGUGUGAGAGCACAGGACACAAACUGUACACUCCCAAAGGGUGUAAAGAGGAGGAGUUUUCCUGGGCCAGCUAUCUAAAGCUCACCAAAGCACAAGCCGCUCCAGAAGAACUGUUUGCCAGCCCGGGCAAAAUAGAUAAGGCGUGUGGAUUUGAAGUUGGCAUGAAAUUAGAAGCAGUCGACCGCAUGAACCCCUCCCUCAUCUGCGUGGCCACGGUGACUGACAUCGUGGGCAGCCGUUUUCUAGUUCAUUUCGACAACUGGGACGACACAUACGAUUACUGGUGUGAUGCACAAAGUCCAUACAUUCAUCCUAUUGGCUGGUGCCAAGAGAGAGACCUCCCCCUCACCCCUCCACAAGACUAUCCUGACCCUGGCAGGUUCUCCUGGGAGAGGUACCUAGAUGAGACUGGCUCAACAGCCGCUCCUGUGGAUGUCUUCAAAGUGCGGCCACCACACGGCUUCCAGGUGAACACGAAGCUGGAAGCUGUGGACAAGAGGAGCCCAGCACUGAUCCGCGUGGCCAGCGUGCAGGAGGUGGACACGCACAGGAUCAAGAUCCAUUUUGAUGGCUGGAGUCAUGUGUAUGACGAGUGGGCGGACUCCGACCACCCUGACAUACACCCGGUGGGCUGGUGUGAAAACACAGGCCACCCCCUCAAGCCUCCUCCCGGACCACCCAGUAUCCAGCAUCCUGGGCCCAGGGAGAAUGCCAUCGUGGGGCAACCCAGUUACCCACCGGCACCCUGUAAAACUGUCCCGCAGUCCCGCAACACCUCUAAGUACAGCUUCCACCAUAGGAAGUGUCCUACACCCGGGUGUGACGGGUCAGGUCACGUGACUGGACGUUUUACAGCGCAUCACUGCAUAUCAGGUUGCCCACUGGCUGAGAAGAAUCAGGGCAGGGUCAAAACUGAUCUCUCGGAUACAGAGGGAUCCAAACGCAAUCUGCUUGUUUUUGGCCAGAGGGCUAAAAAAUCACGUUACCAUGGCAGGAUUGGUCGCCCUCCAAAAUAUCGAAAGAGUCAACAAAGAACCUACCAAACACUGACGGCCACCUCGGACCGCACGCUUUCCCUUUGCUGGGAGCAGCACUGCAAGUUACUGCCUGGUGUCGCUGGAAUCCAUGCGAGCCAAGUAGCUACGUGGAGCAUUGACGAGGUCUUCGGCUUUGUGCAGAACCUUAUAGGGUGUGAGGAGCAGGCCAGACUGUUCAAAGAAGAAAUGAUUGACGGAGAGGCCUUUCUUCUGCUGACUCAGACCGAUAUUGUGAAGAUAAUGAGUAUCAAGCUGGGACCUGCCCUGAAGAUCUACAACGCAAUCUUGAUGUUCAAGAGCACUGAUGAAGGACUGUAGUCAACUGUGUGACUCUUCAGAUCUGUGCGACGUGCCCAUCCACCCGGAAUUCAUUACUCAUCAUGUGAUUGGUGUUUACUGCUGUCCCCACCAGAGAGAGGGAAAGAGAGAGAUAGAGAGAGGGAGAAGGGGAGAGAGAGAGAGACACUCUAAAAUGAAUAAAAAUGAAUAAGCAAGGGAAAAAAAAAAUUAAAUGCCACUAAACAGAAAAAGGAAGGGCCAAGUGAAGCCUAGCUGAAGCCUCACAGAGGAUGCUGUGCUUUUCAAAAAAGCUGAACGCAGCAUUACAGUAGAAAAUGGUCCGAUCCAAAACACAAGGCUCUGGGCUGUCCUGGGUGGUCAUUGUUCUUUCUGCUCCAGUCAACCAGGACCUUUGCGUAUGUGCGUGCGAGCGAACUGUCCACUGUUCACGUCCGUGCUGCCACUUUCCUUUGAGUAUGUGUUCUAGAAGGUGAUAGAAAGUGAUGUCAUCAUUGCUCGUGAUGCAUCACAUAAAGUGAUGCAGACAUACCAUCCUGCCACCUGACCUCCUGGGAGAGUCCAGUAAGAGGGGAUGUGUUCUCUUUUCCUCAGUCAUAACCAAGCAGUUUUUGUACUGUGAAUAGCUGGUGCAGAGAGAUCUGUGAAUACCCUGGAUGGCCCCAUACUAAUUAUUCUAAGAUGGGAUUUAUAAUAUUUGGUGUCACAAACAGUAGCACUUUUUUAGCAGUAAGGUAUUGUAUGUGAACAAGGGUGUUCUACAGAAACAUGAGGCAGGUGUUGAGUAGCACUUUUUGACAGUAUGCUGUUGUAUGUGAACAAACGUGUUCUACGUAACGAUGUGAGAGGUGUUCAUUAACAUCUGGGCAUUUUAGGCAGAUUUGGUGCUACCCCGAAACCUCGUUUAACCCACGAUAAUGUUUAUGCACUUUAUAUGAUCGGCCACUAGGUGGAGCAGAUGCAUAUUUUGAGCCAACUGAAGAGCAGUAUCAGGGCAAUCUCCAGUGUUUUCCCUUUAGACUGUUUCUGGAGGUAUUUUGUUGCUUAUCAAAAUAAUGAACUUGUAUUCAUUCUUUGUUCUUGUUGUUGUUGUUAAUUAACAGGGAUUGGGACUGAACCUUCAUCACAAGUCUUAAUCUGUUUUCGGUGAACUAUUCUCUCUCUGAUGGGAAAAUAUAAUAAUGUACAGUUCUUGAGUAAAAAUGUCAUUCAGCUCAUCAACAUAAAUAAACGUUUAAUUCAAGCCCU